AUGGCUUCUAACAAUAUUAAGGAAAGCCUCCAGGAUGAACUUACUUGCAGCAUUUGUCAAGCCCCUCUCACAGACCCAGCGGCUGUGGAUUGUGGACACAAAGUUUGCCAAUGGUGUUUCAGUGGCUCCAGCCAAACUUCUACGUUUUUCUCCUGCCCUGAAUGCAGGAAAAUCUCCCAAUCCAGAGCUUUUAAAGCAGCUUUAAGGAGAAGAAAAACUAAUAUACAGCGCAGCCUGCGUCAGAAGUCUGAGGGAUCCAACAAGUGUGACAGACACCAGGAGGUUCAGACGCUGUUCUGUGUGGAGGAUAAGACCUUACUCUGUGUAUCCUGUUCACAAUCUCAGGAACAUGAGGCUCACACAAUCCAACCCAUAGAAACAGCCGCUGGGGACUACAGGAAAAAGCUCCAGGAGACGGUGAAACUUUUACGUGAAACUUUAAAAGAUGUUCAGAAGUUGAUACUAGAUGAGAAGAAGGUACCUCGGACAUGGGCCGUCCUGUGGACAGAACAAGUAGAAAUGCCAAGAAAAAAGUUUCAGGAAAAAUUUAAAGAAUUAAGUGACUUCCUGAGUGAUGAAGAAGAGGAAGUCCACAGUCUUGUGGAACUGGAUGAGGAGGAGAAUGAAAUGAUUGAGCACUUGAAGGAGCAUGAGGUCCAGCAAGAAGUCCAAAACACAAAGAAAAAGAUGAUUAGCAACUUGCAACUGUACCAACACAAGAAUGACCUAAGGGAAAUGGUCAUAAUACUGGAAGAAAAGUCUCAGAUGCCAGAUAGAGAACUGCUCCAGGAUGCAGGAAAAACACUGAGAAAGAGUGAGCUGCUGUUGCUUCAAAAGCCAGAACCUUUCACACCAUUUCUGAGCCAUUCUUACUGCAUGGAAUUAACCAAAUUUCUGAGGAGAUUUCAAGAAUCUCGCCUGGUGCAGUGUCAUUAUCCGUAUGAAUUUACUGAUGACCGAAAGAGGACUAUCACUUUCGCAGAUAUUUCCUCAGGUCAGAUGUAUGCUGUGUAUACUUCUGGAAGUCUUCACUACAUUAAUGGGAGGGAUUUGUCUUUUACACAACUCGACAUGAAUGGCACGUCUGAAGAAAAGCAAGAACAUCCCAUCUUUUCCUGUUACUGUUUGCCAGUUGAGAGGGAGAAUGCCCUUAGUAAUUACCCUCCUAACCCCUCAGUAGAAUGGCAUUAG